CGGUGGUCUGGCGGGCGCACGUGGUUGGCGGCGCGGCAGGCGGGCCCAUGGCGAGCGCGGCGGGGCUGGCGCUGUGCGGGCAGGCGCUGGUGGUGCGAGGCGGCAGCCGCUUCCUGGCCACCACGACCGCAAGCAGUGAUGAUGACAGCCUCUUCAUAUAUGAUUGCAGUACUGCAGAAAAGAAGCCUCAGGAAAAUAAAGGGGAGGACGGGCAGCCUGUGGAUAAGGGCAGCGACACGAUUCUGGCAUCCACCUUCUCCACGUCUGGCAGCUAUUUUGCUUUAACUGAUGACAGUAAGCGUCUGAUUCUUUUCCGUACAAAACCAUGGCAAUGUCUGAGUGUCAGAAGUGUGGUGAGGCGCUGCACAGCCCUGACGUUCACAGCCUCUGAGGAGAAGGUCCUGGUGGCGGACAAAUCCGGAGAUGUUUAUUCCUUCCCGGUGCUGGAGCCAUACGGAGGCGGGACCCUGGAGCUGGGGCAUCUGUCCAUGCUGCUGGAUGUGGCCCAGGCCGUGAGUCCUGACGACCGCUUCGUCCUCACCGCCGACCGGGACGAGAAGAUCCGUGUCAGCUGGGCGGCCGCACCCCACAGCAUCGAGUCCUUCUGCCUGGGACACACAGAGUUCGUGAGCAGGAUAUUUGUGGUGCCCAAUCAUCCUGAGCUGCUACUGUCCUCCUCUGGGGACGGCACCCUGCGCCUCUGGGAGUUCAGGAGCGGGCGGGAGCUGCACUGCUGCCAUGUGGAGCCCAAGGGGACGCCGUGUGAGAAGAGGUUUGCUGCGUCCAGGAUCACAUACUGCAGCCGGGAGAACUACAUUGCGCUCGCAGGCGACUGUGCCCCCGAGGUCUACAUCUUCCAGCUCGAUGCCCCCAGGCGGCAGCUGGUUUACAGGCAGCACCUGUCCUUUGACCACCGAGUGUGGGACGUGGCCUUCGAGGAGACCCAGGGGCUGUGGGUCCUGCAGGCCUGCCGCGAAGCCCCGCUUGUGCUCUUCAGGCCCGUGGGAGGACGGUGGCAGUCUGUUUCUGAAAGCAACAUGUUAAAGAGAGCCUCCGGUCAUCUUCGUGGGAACUGGGCCAUGCUGGAAGGCGCUGCGGCCCUGGACGGUGGCCUCAGCAGUCUGUACAAGGCCACCUCCGACCACGUGGCCACUUACCUGAGGAAGAAGGAGGAGAGACAGCGGCAGCAGCUGGAGAAGCGGCGGUACAAGAGUCCUCAGCUGGGGCCCCGUGGGCAAACCAAAAAGAUGAAAUCGGGGGCGAUGCCCUUGAGCCCUUGACUUUCACUCUGAGGCCAGAGAAAAGAAAGAGCAGUUCUCGCUUGUCCCGCCCCUCCCUGGCCUCUCCCUUCCAGGAGGAGGCAGUGGCUGCUGUCCCCAACCCUCAUGCCUGGCAGCUGCUGUCCACACAGGGUCUCUGGACAGGUCCCUGGCCCUGAAGGUGAGGGUCACCGAGACUUCUCCAUCCUGUGUCUGAGCCCCUUCUGGCUGCAGGGGAGCUGCACGGGGCAGUGCAUCAGCGUCUCUCAGGGCACCACGCAGGGCCGGUGGAAGCACCUUCGUGCGUUUUAUCUUCAUAUUGGAGGGAACGUGUAAACCCGCAGUAGGAGCAGCUGUUGAUUUUUCUACUGGACCCAAAAUACCACUCACGCUUCCUUCGUUUUCCUCUAAGGGAAAUUGAUCCGUAGAAAUGCUCAUGGCAGCAUGAUCUAUAAGUUAAUUUUGCUGCUAAGUGGUUCGCUAAGCUGGCUGGCACAGCAGCCCUUAGCCUCAUGUAGCUAUUGAAAUUUAAAUAAAACUCCGGCUCGUCUGCACUGGCCGCAUCCCGAGUGCUCAGCAGCAGACGCAGCGUGUUUCCCUCUUUGCGGAGAGCGGAGUUGGACGCUGCAGCCCCGAAUGGACUUGUUUCAGGAUGAGUGAGGACACGAAAGCCCUGGUUGGAAAGGGAGCUUUUUAGGGACGUUGUCGAGGGCUCUGUGUGCUUGUUACUUUGAGGUGGCUGCACACUCUGCAAAGCUCUGGGGGCUGUCGUCUGAAUGCACGUCACCUGUCAAUAGAGGUGAGUUUCUGCCGCCUCCUGGGCGACACGUGGGCCCGUGGUUCAAACUGCAUUGAGCAGAACCACUUUGAUCAGCGUCCGCCUUGUGACUGAAAUGUCCGCUCCUCACUUUGGAAGGACAGACCACAGCAGCACCUUGUUGGAUGCUUGGGCUUAGGGCUGCUCGUGGGUCCCAGGAGCCUCUUGCAGGUCACGGCGACGUCGGGGUGGGGGCUUGUGGGGCCUUAGAAACAGUCAUUGCAUAUCAAAAGCUGGAACGCUUCAUGUUUUUCAUAAGUGCCUUUCUUUCUCUUUAAAAAUUGAUCUGGAAGCAAUGCUGUCUGUCUGGUGCUUCGGAGCACGUACAACCAGGCAACGGGGGCCCUGGGAAGCAGCCGGGCCUGCCCGGCUCCCGGGUGGGUGGUGGUCUGUAGCCGUCUGCUCCGGAACGCCUGGCUUUAGGUAGAAACUUAGCUUUGCUCUUGUCCGUGCUUCAGUGCGGCCCACCGCCUCACCGUGGACAGCCCGUGAGCAAAGAAUGGUUUUUACAUUUAAAGUGGUUGGAAAAAAAUUACAAGAAUAACAUUUCAUGGCUUGAAAUUUACAAAAUUAAAUUUUCAGUGUCCAUAAAUAAAAAUCUUGCUGGAACGCA